CCCAACCCAUCGACAACCCUCGACUACUAACCAUCUACAGCAUUAAUCAGUCAAGAUGGUUAACCUGAGGACCCAGAAGCGCCUGGCGGCGUCCGUGCUGGGCUGCGGCCAGCGCAAGAUUUGGCUCGACCCCAACGAGGUGUCCGAGAUUUCCAACGCCAACUCCCGCCAGACGAUCCGCAAGCUCGUCUCCGAUGGCCUCAUCAUCAAGAAGCCGGUCACCAUGCACUCGCGCUCGCGUGCGCGUGAGCUGAACCUCGCCCGCCGCAUCGGCCGCCACCGCGGCUUCGGUAAGCGCAAGGGUACCGCCGAUGCCCGUAUGCCUCAGCAGGUUCUGUGGAUGCGCCGCCAGCGGGUCCUCCGCCGCCUGCUCGUCAAGUACCGCGCCAGCGGCAAGAUCGACAAGCACCUCUACCACGAGCUGUACCACCUUGCCAAGGGUAACACCUUCAAGCACAAGCGGGCGCUCGUCGAGCACAUCCACCGCGCCAAGGCGGAGAAGGCUCGCGAGAGGCAGAUCAAGGAGGAGAUGGACGCCAAGCGCGCACGCACCAAGGCUGCCCGCGAGCGCAAGCUGGAGAGGCAGGCGGCGAAGCGGAACGCGUUGCUGGGCGAGGGCGAGGAGGAAUCCAAGUAGAUUUCGUCAGGGAGCAAGUGAAAUGGACAACAUGGAUUUCUCGGCGGCCUUGCAUUCGGAGUAAUGGGUUGGGCUUCUUUUCGGGCGCGCUUUCUCUCUACGCAUCUCGGCUCCCGCACGUGGCCUCGGCCUUUUUUUGGCCGCAAGGCGCUCUCUCUUUGGUGAGGCGGCGCGGUCUCUUGACUCGAGACGUUCUGGCUUGCAUGUAUGGCAUUGAAAACGGAAUCAAUGGGUUUUCCGGUCUGAUGAGCGAAACCGCGCUUGCAGUCUGGGGUCUGGUGAUUACUGGGACCAAUGUCAAGACGAUAGAAGGGCAUGAAUAGCAGCAGGAGACCGAGAUGGAAGCAGACGCGGCAAGAUAAAAGCGCCUUGAGGCUCAAUAGCUAUAAUGACUGGAAUCCAAGUUGUCUACCUACUGCGUAGAUACAGUCU